CGACAACUUUCAUUAUCAUAUCUCCUAUCAUAUCACCAUACGCGUAUAGCGCCAAAUCACCGCCAACGCCGACGUCAGGCCCAGGGCCAUCGACUCCUCCGUCUAUGUAAUCUCCAUUUUCCUUUCCUUUCUUAGUUGUCCAUAAUUUCGAAUAUGGAUCCUCCGAAACCGCUGCAGGAAGAUGUUUCCCUCCGGGUUCCUGCUCUCGAAGUCGUAGAUAUCUCUUCCGACGAGGAGGCCGUGGCCCAACGGCACCCUGGCAUGAGCAACGGCAAUUUCGUCGGUCAUAAUAAUGCUCAGAUUGCCCCGUCGUCGAUGAUCAAUGGAAGCUCUCACGAGAAGACAGAUGGCAAUGCGACAGCUGGAGAGUCAUCAAGUGGCGAAGAAGAAGGUGAUAACGAUGAAGAAGACGAAGAGGAAGACGACGACGCUGUGGCUGAGGGCUGGGAAUCACAGUCACUCUAUGAAGAUGCUUUAGAUGGCAUGGGAGAGGAGCAGUUAGCAAAGGAGGCAGAUUCACUCACGGUCGAAGAAGCAAUGGCAUAUCGCAAACGCUUACGGGAAGUUGGGCCCGAUAAAUUUGUUAUGGAGACUAUCGAGGCAGAGAUCAUCACGGCCAAGAAGUUAUGCACGGCUUUUGGAAUCCGGCCUCCUGUGUUUCUCGAGGGCGCACCGGACGAAGCCUAUUACCCGCUGCUCGGGCUCGGGAUAACACGAGAAUUAUCCAAGCGUCUGAAGCUGCAGGAGUACAAUACCGUCGAUGAUGCGGUAGAGUUAUUGAAGAAGUCGAAGAAUAUAAUUGUCCUGACCGGAGCUGGUAUUUCUACCAGCCUGGGUAUUCCAGACUUUCGUUCAAAAGAGACAGGUCUCUACUCGCAACUUGCACACCUAGGAUUAAAUGACCCACAGGAGGUCUUUGAUAUUGACAUUUUCCGCGAGGACCCAAGCAUUUUCUAUUCUGUCGCAAAGGAUAUUCUUCCUUCUACGAAACGAUUCUCUCCUACACAUGGUUUCAUACAUUUACUUCAAGAAAAGGGGAAGCUUCUCACGAAUUACACUCAGAAUAUCGAUAAUAUCGAAGGCCUCGCAGGCAUACGUCCCGAAAAGAUGAUUCAAUGCCACGGUUCAUUUGCAACCGCAUCCUGCGUAAGGUGCAAGUACAACGUGCCCGGCGAGGAAAUAUAUGAAGACCUCCGCGCUGGACGCGUAGCUAAAUGCCAACGAUGUACGCGCACGUCCGGCUCAAGGCCAACGAGCGGCAUGAAAAGGAAGCGAAGCUCAGAGGGAAAUCAAAAAGACCGACGUCGCCGGAGCGAUGACGAUGACGAGAGCGAUUUUGACGAACCCGAGCCCGGCGUCAUGAAGCCCGACAUCACUUUCUUCGGCGAAGCCCUCCCGGACACAUUCCACGACCGCCUUGUCAAGCAUGACCGGAACCUGGUCGAUCUUGUUGUCGUCAUUGGCACCUCACUCAAAGUCGCGCCGGUCUCCGAAGUGGUUGGAUUCUUGCCUCCAGAAGUGCCCCAAAUAUACGUUUCUCGAACUCCCGUUUCACAUGUCAAUUUCGACAUUGACCUUCUCGGAGACUGCGACGUUGUUGUCGCCGAGCUAUGUCGCCGCGCCGGCUGGGACCUCAAUCACGAAAUGGUUCCAGCGGACGAGAAAGUCGAUAUCCGCCUACAUGAAGGAUAUUCUUCUCGAUUUACAUUCAAGAUUGUCGACCCUGGCGCAAAGCCAGAAGCCCCAGAAGACCCAGGAGUCAAGCCCGAAAAAGCUUGAACGCGAAUAAGGCGUUUAUUUUGUCCUAGACACUUUGCUUUUAGCAUCAUUGUAACCGCAUUGUUCUAUCCCCUUCAAUUCAUAUUGAUCAUACGGUGUUUGGCAUAGGGCUGGGUGCAGGCUGCUUCAUUCUGCGGGGCGCAUAUCAGGCGUCUCGUGUGUUUGUUUUCUUUCCUUUCCCUCUCUUCUCCCCAUCCUCUCCUUUUCCUUUAUUUUUCUUAUUUCAUCUUCUUCUCAUCUUCUACUUUUUUUCUUUCUUUUUUCAUCAACUCCAUAUUCUUUAUUAUGAACAUCAUCUGGGCGGUUACAUUUCAGCAUUUCACUUUUCGCAUAAGACAUUUGACUUUUAUAUUCAUCUAUCCUU